CGUGUUCUCCGUCUCGUUUUUAUUCGCUUUCCUCUUCCUCUCUCCCAAAACUUUCUCGUUGGGAGACUCGCUGCACUUCACGUCCGCCAUGGUUUCAGCACGUGUGCGCCGCGGCAGUGACGUCAGUUCUGCGCCGUGACCAAACGUUCUAGCGACGUUCUGGCAUGACGUAGUUUCCGUCACCUCUUUGCGCAGUUACUUGUUGUUGAUCCGGAUCAGAGUACACCCCAAACUGUCCCGAGCAGAAGUGAGCCAGUCUUGUACGCGUUGUUCGUCUCGAUGGAGGAAGUUGAAGCGGGAUCCGUGGCCGCGGCCCUGGGACCCGGGCUCGCCGUCCUGAGCGGAGCUAACACGGUGCCUGCGUUCCUCACCAAGCUCUGGAUCCUGGUGGAGGACCCCGACACUGACCAACUGAUCUGCUGGAGUUCGAGUGGCACCAGCUUUCAUGUUCUGGACCAGGCCCGAUUCUCCAAAGAGGUUCUCCCAAAGUUCUUCAAACACAACAACAUGGCCAGCUUUGUCAGGCAGCUGAACAUGUAUGGGUUCCGGAAGGUGGUCCACCUGGAGCAAGGCGGCCUCCUGAAACCAGAGCGGGAUGACACCGAGUUCCAACACCAGUUCUUCCAGCGCGGUCAACAGCACCUCUUGGAGCUGAUCAAACGCAAGGUCAACAAUCCUUUGCCAGCUCGGACGGACGACGUGAAGGUGGACGAUGUGACUCGUAUCCUGACCGAUGUGAAGAUGCUGAAGGGAAAACAGGAAACCAUCGACUCCAAGAUCGUCACGAUGAAACAUGAGAACGAGGCUCUGUGGCGGGAAGUGGCCUCACUGAGACAGAAACAUUCGCAGCAGCAGAAACUGGUCAACAAGCUGAUCCAGUUCCUGGUGUCGCUAGUGCAGUCCAACCGAAUUGUCGGCAUGAAGAGGAAGCUUCCCCUGAUGCUCAAUGACUCGAGCCACGCCCACUCCCUGCCCAAGUACAGCCGGCCCUUCUCGGUGGACAGCGUUCAGGCUCUGCUCCUGGGUGAUGGCGCCCACACCUCCGGACCGAUCAUCUCUGACAUCACCGAGGUGACCUCCCCCGCGGCUCAAGCGGUGCAGGAGGCCGUCAGUCAGGAUGUCAAGCCGGAGCCGGACCUCUUGCCCGUGGACACGCCCCUCUCGCCCACCACUUUCAUCAACUCAAUCCUGCAGGAGGAGGCCCCCCACAGUCCUGCCCAGCCCUCCUCUCCGGCCGCCCACACCUCAGAUCCCAGCCCCUCCAGCGUGGCGAAACCAGACAAUCCCGUCGUGCUCCUGAGCUCCACUCCUCCUGCAGAGCCCAGCGUCGUCCUGGACUCUCCCAGCAGACGGUGUCAGACAGUUGCCUGCAUCGACAAGACAGAACUGUCGGAUCACUUGGAUUCCAUCGACAGCGGCCUGGAGAACCUCCAGAACGCCUUGAACAAUCAGAAGCUCUCCUUCGACACCAGCCCCAUCAUGGAGUUCUUCAGCACGCUGGGCUCCUCUGGAGAUUUAAAUUUGGAUUUUGAGACGCUUCUGUCUGACCACGCCCCGAAGGAAGAUGAUGCUCUGUCAGGCAAGCAGCUGGUGCAAUACACACCCACUGCCCUCUCUGAGCCAGUCAGCUCCCUGGAGGCUGACGCCAACCUGCCGCUGGACCCGGAGCUUUUCUUCCAGUCAGAAGUAUCGGCCGCCGAUGACGUGGACGACGCCUCGCUUCUUAGCUACAGCACCCUGGACUCUGUCCUCUGAUGACACUCGCAAAGCCUACAAGGUUGUUUUUGUUUUAUAACGCCUUUCAAAGUGUGCGAUUGACGGCUUCCCACCAUUUGUUCAAGAGAAUAUUUUUGUCAUAUAUUUAUUAAUACUGUGGCAACUGUACAUUGAUUAAAAAAGCUUUUAGA